AAGCUGCAGAGAUCAGGUCAGGCGUAUUUGAUGAUCAUUUUAUAAAUGGCCUUGAAUCUUAUUGGAACAGAAGGAGAGUCUUCCCUUCUCCGAUACGUAAGUUCAAUAUGAUUGGUUGGACUCAAAAGUAAGGAUCAAUCAGAUUUCAUUGCGGAGAGCAGGUUGUCUGUUUCACCGGCUUGACUAUUCUUUUGUUGUUACUUGAGGGACGCGUCGUGCCAGUGGCUCAUGCAGACUCGUAAAGAAUUUUCUCAGGUGUACACCGCAUCUCCUCUAUUUAAUACAAAAUCGUACGAAAGCGAAUUUUCCUUGAGGAACAUCCGCUUGUUGUUUUUGAAACAAUUUACAACGAUGGGUUAGCGAUCUCCAUUCAAGGGUUCACGUGGCGUCUCAAAACGUCUUAAAUCUUUUGGUUGAAUCUUGGAUAAUUCUUCAUCUCACGACACAAUGGAACUGGCAUCACAGGACCAGAUUGUUCCCGCCAGUCUGCCUGACACCCAAAAUGCAGAUGCAUUGACACAGUCGCAGGAGGCGUUGAGCCAGCAGCCGACGUUAAAUAUCUGGGGAAGAUUGUGUCCUGUGAUGCAAUCGAAAGUAUCAAACCUGAGAACUGUGGAACUAACAAGGGACUCGGGUUAUACCUUGGGACGUUCCGAAAACUGUGAUAUUCGUUUAACUACAAAUGAAAUGAGAGAAACUUGGCUAAAAGUGGUCAGUAAGGUACAUUUUCGCAUAUAUCGAGAACGCAUCAACAAUACAAAUGAGAUAGUAGUAUACCUAGAAGAUUUGAGCUACAAUGGGACUUAUGUUGAUAGAAGAUUGGUUGGUCGCAGAAAUCGCAUUAUCAUUGAAAAUAAUUCCGUAAUAGCCAUAGCCAGGGAAGAUUUAUCAGUUUAUGUAUUUAUGAGUACAAUUGUACAUGAACUUCCAUGUCAAUUGCCAUCAGAGUUGAAACAGAGGUAUGCAAUUGGCCAUAAAUUAGGAACUGGUGCCUGUGGCGAAGUGAGGCUAGUAUUUAAAAAAGAUGGGUCAGAAAAGUUUGCUAUGAAAAUUAUAAAGAAGAAUUAUUUUAGCAUUGGAAAUGGGAAUAUUUUCAAUAAUCCUGAAAAUAUCAGGAAUGAAGUUGAAAUACUAAAGAAGUUGAAACAUUCCUGUAUAAUUCAUUUGGAGGAUAUCCAUGAUACACCAGAAGCUAUGUACAUUAUCCUUGAAUUGAUGGAAGGGGGUGAACUCUUUGAUAGAAUAAGAAGCAGAGGCAAAUUGUCUGAACCAUAUACGAAACUAAUAUUCUAUCAGGUCAUACUUGCCGUCCAUUAUCUACAUAGACAAGGCAUUACCCAUAGAGAUUUAAAGCCAGAAAAUAUACUGCUAAAGGACUAUUCGGACAGUCCUUUGGUCAAGGUGUCGGAUUUUGGUAUGUCCAAGUUUGUGGACGCUCAGACAAUGAUGAAGACAUAUUGUGGGACUCCUAUGUAUGUUGCUCCCGAGAUUGUCACAACCUAUGGACGUAACUCUUAUACAAAUCAAGUUGACGUAUGGAGUUUAGGAGUUAUAUUGUACGUUUGUUUAAGUGGUAUCUUUCCUUUUCAAAUAAAUGAUGUUACUUUGGAGGAACAAAUAAAAAGUGGACGAUACGAAUUUUAUCCAUCUCGCUUUCAAUAUGUAUCGUCAGAUGCUAUAAGACUAAUUAAGCGUAUGAUGACAGUAAACCCGAAGGAACGUAUAACGGUACCACACAUUUUGUUACAUUCCUGGUUAAGAGACGCCCGUAUGCGAGAAGAAGUGAACAAAUUAUUACGGAAUUCUAAUGUGGAGAACAAUGAGGAUAUUGAAAAUGUGCCACCUCCGAUCAUUUGCCCCAAACGUCCACGGCUUAUGGAGGACUUGAUAUAUAAAAUGAGUAACAUGCACUGCAAGGAUUGUUGAACGAUAUUAAGUGCCAAUUCGUUAAUUCAUUGAUUAAAAAAAUUUAGGAUGCCCGUAAAAAAUAUAACAUUAAUAAGACGAGAUGAAAGACUGCCUUAUGUUUAACGUCUAGUAAAAGAUAUCUGUAAAAAAUAUAGAUCUAAUCUACCUGACAUUUAAUUAUCGUUAUGGGUUUAUAACCUGUUACAUGAUAAUAAAAUUACUCUAUUAUUCACUUA